AUUGAGAUUCCUCCGGCCCCCCGAUUUCAUUGAACAUUAAAGUAUCAGUUGAAUUAUUGAAAAUUAAAAUUUAAAACAAUCAAAAUGGUAGAAGCACAGAAGUUUAGAAUAGAACAAGAGAUGACAAAUCUCGUAAAUGAAUUGGACAGGAGCUAUUUACGAAAAAUGCAGGGUGACAUGCACAGAUGCGCAGCGCAGUGUUGUGACAACCAGCAGAAUACUUUAGAGAGAGUGCAUGGAUGCAUAGACAACUGUACUACCUCUCUCAAUCAAGCUAACAGCUAUGUACAGAAUGAGAUCAACCACUUCCAAAAUAGGCUACAGCGCUGUGUGAUGGAUUGCAAUGAUUCAGCACGAGACAGGCUUGGCCCAGAUCCUAGUCAGGAAACUAUCGACAAAUGCACGAUAGGCUUCGAGAAGUGCGCCGUUAAAUGCGUUGAUAAACACAUGGGCCUUAUUCCCAGCAUGUUAAAGACGAUGAAAUCCGUGCUGGCCAGCGGGAAGCCUCCUCCAAUGCGGAGCGAAUGAGAAAUGCCUUUACCGGGUAUAUGAUUCCAGGCAGUUUAGAUAAAGGGAAGGAGUGUUUUAAAUCGAUACGAGUUGCGAAUUACCUUUUCGCACGUGUAAUGUACAAGUUGUACAACGUUUUACAGUACAGCCAACAACAGAGCUAUGAAUACAGGCAAAGUGUCAAAAAUAUGUAUACAGUACUUUAUUGCCUGUACAUUAAGGUCGUGUAUACAUAUUUUUGGCACUUUGCCUGUAUUCAUAGCUCUGUUGUUGACUGUACAUAUGGCCCUAUAAAUUUUCGACAUAGGCACAUAUUGUCCUUAAUCCCGCCCUAGGGCGGUAAAGUAGCACCAUAUGUACUGUAAUAGUUAUUUACGAUACAAGUGCGGAAAAGAGGAAAUUUGAACCGAGUGGCGGUAAAUUAAAACACGACCGAAGGGAGUGUUUUAAAUCGACACGAGUUGCGAAUUACCUAUUCGCACGUGUAUCGUACAACGUUUUACAGUACAUAUGGCCCUUUAAACUUUUGAGAUAUGCUCGAAAAGUGCUAUUUUACUCAGAAAUAGGACCAAUAUGCACUGUAAAAUAUUUUAAGCUGCUAUCAGAUUAAUCUUCUUCUAAAUAUCAGUUCUUUUCCGAGUUAUUUAUCUGAUAGCUUUAAAUGAGCAAUUCUUGUUUAUUUAUAAGCAUAUAUUUUUCGGUGAUCUCGGAAACGGCUCUAACGAUUUCGAUAAAAUUUGCUAUAUGGGAGUUUUCAGUGGCGAAAAAUCGAUCUAGCUAGGUCUUAUCUCUGGGAAAACGCGUAUUUUUGAGUUUUUAUUUAUUUUACGAGCAAUGCUCGUUCUCCCAGGUACCGAUAUUUAAUUACACAAACGGGUCUACCGCGAUAUAAUUUCAUUGUUUUUACCUUAAAUUCCGACGUUUCAGCUGAGUUGCACCAGCUGUGGUCACGGAAAGACUGACGUCCCAACAAAUGUCAACGGAGAUAUAAAUAAAACACCAUUAAACUACCCGAAAUUAGUUUAUCAAAAUGUUCGGGGUAGACAAAGAUUUUGCAGCUACCCGUUAAAGUUUAAUGUUUAUUGUCCACGGCACGACACGCAACACUCACAGUAUCCGUACACUGGUCCGAAGAUAGAUCCGCUGGUUUCAACAUCCCAGGUACUGAUUAAUGAUGAUUCAUAAGUAUUCAUAACAAUUACCUCUGUACUUACAAUGACAGAUGUUAUAGACAUUUGAUAUUGAAACUCGUAUAUUUAUGAAGAAGAAACAGAUUUUGAUGCAUUUUGUAUAAAUUAGAU